AUGAAGCGUACAGCGAGGUCAGACCCAAAUCGCUCCGACCUCACAGCAGCGAAACGACCGCGCACUGUGCCAAAUCCAGCUACAGACCGUAGGUUCUGGGGCCUGAGCUGCGAGGAUAGCGCUCGGGUCGUUGAUCUCUACGACAAAGGGAGGCUGCUCAUAGCGGACUACAACAAAGCUCAACAAGAAGUCGAGGCUAGGCGGAAUCUGCUCGAGGAAUCUGCGAGAGGACCUGAUGAAUGGGACUUUAUGUCUCGCUGGGACUUCGAUUUUGAAUACGAGUUCGAUGAUACUGUAGACGAAGAGGAACAGCUCAGACAUGCUAAACUCAAAUAUAUUAUGGACAAAGAUACCGAGCUCUGUAAUCUCGCAAGAGACCUAGAAGCCGCCAGCUAUUCGGUUGAUCGUAUCGCUACGGCUUGCGCCGAUCUGCAGCUAUGUUCAUCGUUUACAGCAAUCAUUCUCGCCAAGCUUCCUCGCGAGCUUCGAGACCAUGUCUACGAUUAUCUCUGGGCAGGAGAGCACGUCGAGAGGAUGGAUAAGGCUAUCUCGUUUGUUCCUCGGCACUAUUUCUCAGAUGAAGCUGGCAUCAACGCACCAGAGCUGCCUGUGCCGCGUUUCGCGAACGUCACCUUCGUUGGUCCAGAAUUCGCAUCUGAAGCUGCGACUCGGUACUUCAGAGUCUUGUCAAGUGCGGAACUUGACUACCGUUACGUACGUGCCCAUCUUGAACGCAACCGCUUUGAUUCCAUGCCAUUCGCGGUCAAGAACGAAAUUCGGCGCCUUGUGAUGACGAUUGAUGAGAGCGCUGGGACUAUCUACCCAGGUACAAGGAUAGCUCGUGAAGCUCUCAAUGACAGCAUGAACAGCCUGCUCAUGUUCAAAGAUUACCAAAACAUCAGCAUCGAAAUUUAUCUGGAAGCGAACAUGCAAUGGAGCCUCGCCUUCUACCAGGCUCUCGAAGUCAUCAAGCCAGUGUUCAUGACACUUCGCGAAGCCAACAUAGAGAUCAAGGUUCUGGGUUACGACUUCUUCAGCACCACCGAAGACGAUGAUACUGACAUCUUUUCCGAACAACUCAACCACUAUCUCACAGCAGGUAAACCUGAAGAAUGGCUCGACAUGAAAGCCAGAGAAGUCAAAAGCAUACCACGAGGACUGCUUCGGCAGCGGUGCAAACGAACACUGAGGAUCAUGCGAAAGAACCUUGAGUUCUACAUCCGGGACAGUCGCAAGGCCACAGGGGCUGCUACAGCGAGCUUGUGA